AUACCUUUGCGCAGCCACCGCGGCAUUGUUAUGAAAGACCAACGGAUGCAGUCCAUACCCCUGAGUGUGUUCUGGUGCGCCUACCUAUACAUGCCAGCGGUGUUAUACAUUUACGUGACUAACAUGCACCUCCCGCCCAUCAAGUACUGCCAGCCGUACCUCAUGGUAGCCACGGGAAUCUUUAGUACGCUAUACUGCUUGACGGUGCCGCUGGUUCUGAUUCUUGGCCCCAACUGGCCGUCCCCUAUCCUAAUCGUUUGUGGCUACUUCGUCCCCAGUCUUAUCUGUGUGUCGUUCAUCUUGAGUGCAGGCGCCGUGGUGGUCAUGUUUAAAAUCACAGACUUGAUUGUACUGCACACGCACUUUUCCCCGUCGCAAGUCGACCGCCUCAGCUUUUACAGGCGAUUGUUGUACCCCAAAGUCCAAGUCCUUGCAGUGGUCGUGGGGGGAGUGGUCGUGUCAAUGCCGUACUGUGUUGCCCUUUACUCUUUUGGUGACUUGACCGCCGCAGAACUGCUGCAAGGCCACGGUGGCACUGUGCUUUGGACAUCUACAUGCGUAUUUGCGCUACUCGCGGGCGUUGGGGGAGUAGUCUUGUCAGCACAUAUGGCGCCUUACAUGGACAACUUGGGGCUACGACGUACCUACCGUCGGUCUUGUUUCGCCAGCAGCCUCCUUGUGCUGACAAGCGCUUUGAUUUCUACGCUCGAAUUGACUAUUACGUUGCCUUUGGCUCAAGAUUACAACGUGCACAACAUCUUGUACACCCUCGCGGCUCAGUAUUUUUUCUUUUUCAACCUCGUCGUGCCAUUGCGCGACCUCGAGUCGUUUCAACUCAUGAUGCGUGGCAAGUCGUUGGCCAAUGGGACGAUGGCGCCAUCUCAGCCUACUACGUCAUCUCCAGCGACUGCUUGCACCGCUCAGUUGGAGCGGUACUUGCGGUCGGACCAUGGCCUGCCGACGUUUAUGACGUUCUGCCAGAGGGACUUUCGCACCGAAGAGCUGCGUGCGUGGCAACUUGUCGAGCAAUUCAAGCAACGCCUCGUGUCAGCCCAGAAGUUGCUCACCACGUGUCUCGUGCCGCAGUGUGCGUUGGCGUGUCCGACAUCCGUGAAGUGGGGCCCCACGUACGCGACAAGGCUGGAGAGCUGGCUGCGUUGCGACGAGGACAUUGUGGGAAACGAAGUGCCGACGACUUUCUUUGACGAGUUUCAAGCGGCGCUGCUCGGGGCUCUGUGCGAAGACGUGUGGCUGCGGUUCCAGAGGCAAUCGCUGGACUGGAUCGACCACGACCGAAGGAGGCGAAGUCUCGAGGGAAUGGACACGGUGCUUCGGAUGGUGGUAAAAAAGCAACCUGUGGCUGUGGUUGUUACCGAUGAGCCCACGCCAGCUUGUGUGGACGACGUAUUGGAGUCCAUGGAUGAUGAGGACUUUGUUUCGUUUCAGUCGUGACCUCGGACACGUUGCAAAAUAUACGCGUAGCUGCUGUGGUUGGGCGUUUGGUUUGUAACUCCUUUCGCCCGCUUAUUGAGCUUAAAUUGUACUGC